AUGGCAGCAUCGGUGCAAGCUCCAGAGAGAGCACCCAAGGUCCUGCCAUCGUGCGCCAAUAAUCCCUACACUGACAACCGCACUCGUGGAGCAGGACGGAACCGAAGAGGACCUUUCCUCGUCUUUGCGGCACUGAGUGCUAUGAUCUUCCUUGCUGUUGUAGGGCUCAGGAACGAGCGCCAUCGAGCUCCCUCGAAUGCUCUUGCGAUCAAAUCGCUGGAAGAGAGGUCGGGAGGCAACCACGGCAAUGGUGACACGUACUGUAGCAUGUUCUCAGAUCCAUCUGAAUGCGAAAAACAAAAUUCAGAUGUGGUUACGAGCGAGAAGUACUGGGGCCCAAGUGAAGUCAGGGGUGAGUUGUGGAAAACUAUGAAAGCUCUUGCGGAGCUCGAACUGCGCGAGAAGGCACAGCAUGCACAACAGAGCGCCAAGUCGGAUGAGCAGGAGAGGCUCUUCGAGCUCUUCCGGAAGACCAUGUCGAAAGAGGUCAGCGAUAUCCACAGACUGCAAGAGGACAUGCAGAAGAAUCACACCCGAGCUUUCAAACUCCUCGCUUCCGAGAUGCUCAAGGGUGCCGACGACUUGAAGAACCGGUCAGACAUCGAGACGGCGAGCGUUCGACAGAGUCUGGGGGAGCUGUCACAGCAAGAAAUCAGCGACAAAGAAAGGAUACUCUCAGAAACUAACACGAAGACUUCGGAAUUAGAGCGGCAUAUUGAAAACAUGCAUGAAAUUUCGAUGUCAACUCUAAAUGGAACCGAAGAUUAUGCGCGACAGGUCGAAGCAGAUGUGAUGAGAGGAGACAGCGACUUGAAAGCAAAGAUAGAAUCUCUCAAGGAGGAGAUUGAAGGGCUCAGUGCCGACGAAAGGGUGCUCCUGGCAAAUGCAACUCGGUCCUUGGAGCAGGCCUCCGAUGAAGAGUCGAGGAAUCAUGUACUGUUGUUGUCAGAUAUUGAUCGGCAGCUUGCAGAUUUGAAUUCUACUCUGAUGAGCCAGUUCUAUGAUGAGAAGGGUGAAGUUCGAGCGAAUCUAAGUAGCACCAUGAAAGUGCUCCUUGAAAGUGUGUCGACUUUGCUCAGCGCCUCUCACUCAAGAUUCGAGACCAUGAAGGAAAAUGUGGAUGAAGUCAGAACAGAACAGGUCAAGAAGAAUGAAGAUGAUGAAGCUGAGUUGUCAAGAAUGAAAGCAAACUUUGUGAAAGAUCAACUCAGGAUCGAUGAUGACCUUCACUUCCUCGAUGUCAGGAUUCAGCAAUCAUUCUCUCGAUUGAGCGAAGCCCAGCAGGAGCUGCAGCAGCAAGCUGAACUUGACCGUGCGUUUCUCCUGGGCCAGCUGGAAAGCAACGCAUCGAGGAUUGCUCACUCAUCGCACCUCCUCUCCGUCUCAGCUCGAAAUGCCCACAAACAGUUUCAGCAGCACCUGUCGCAGCAGGAUGUUCGAGUCGCCGAUGAGUCCGCACGCUUGACUUCUGAAGAGGCUGAUCGGUUUCGGGAGAGCAGCGGGACAGUCACCAGCAGCACAGACCAGCUCAACACGAGCCUGGCGACUACCUUGUCCAACGUGCAUUCGAAGCUCAGGAACCUUCUGCAUGGAAGUAUGACUCUGGCUUCCCAAUCGCUCUCCAGGUUGAACAGUUCGCUGUGGGAUCGACAUAAAGCCACUGGGCAGACGAUGGCAACUUUUCGGUCCAACCAGGAAGACAACGACCAAGAGCAGGAGCGCGUUCUGCAACGCGUAAAGCAGGAUGUGCAAGUCGAACGUGCGCUGAAGGAGAGUCGAUACUUCCUGCUGCAGAACAAUGUCACUGCUGCAAGGCUCUUCCUCCUGCGGCUGAAGGAGCAGCUCUUGAAGAGGCAGCACGAUGAUGUGGAGAGACUCUCAGUGGAGAAGGGGACAAGAAUGACUGAGUCGGACCAACGACUUGAGCAAUCCACAGACAAGACUUUCGAGACAGAGAAGAGGUUCUUUGGAGAGAAAUCUGAUCAUGCAACUCAGAGAGCGAAUGCGGUUCAGAACAAGGUUGAGGAGACGGAAAGCAGCGUUCGUUCAGGGGUGGAGCAACUACAGAGGAUGCAGCAGAAUCAAGAAAUCAGCAUGACAGGAGGACGUCACGAUCUUAUCGGCAAGAUGCAAUCAGACUCCCAGGAUAUCAAUUGGAUGCUUGAGGAACGCGUGAAUCAAAUAGCCCAGCUGAAACAGCAGCUGCAUGCCAGCAUGGAGCAGGAGGAGCAGUCAAUCAGCGCGGAGAAAGGAAAGUUGGAUGUGAAGCUGGUAGAGGCAUCGAACCAGACAACACAGGCCCUGCUCGAGAGGAUCGCAAAAGUGGAGCAAGACAUCAGGAGGGACAUGUUGCAAACCAUCUCCGCCCUAGUGUUCAAGUCUGACACGCUGAAGAAUCUCUCCCUUGCUCAUUCGGCCGCCCUCUCCUCCAACAUGACAGCUUGGUCGAACGAAGAGGAGACGCAGUUCCUGCAGUCCGAAGCUUCGAUGGAGCACGUGAAGUUAUCAGUGUCGACUUCCAUGCAGGAAGCCUCGAAUCUCCUUGCGGCCAUGCAGGAGAGCCUCAAGGCCUCCGACUCUCAGUUGAACGGUGUGCUUGUCACUCUCGAGCAGCAGCAGCGCAGCAGCGCUGCCCGAGUGAACCGAUCGACCGUGAACGGGUUGGAGGACCUCUUGAAGGCGAAGAUGGAGAAGGCGAGGGAGGAACACCUUGCGGUGAUGGAGGCGCUGGCCGAGCGGUUCGGAGCGAUGAGGAAGCGAGUGGAUGUGUUGGAGGGGGCAUGCAAUCUCACCCUGAGCAUGUCCAAUGAGGAGAUCGGGAAGUUGCGGUCGGAAGAGGAAGCGUUCAUGCGGCGCCACGAGGGGCUGGUGGACUCUCUGAGGAGAGAGAUCGAGAAUGACGCGCACGCGAUCGACAGCAGGUUGACAGCGUUGAGCAGUCAGCUGCAUGCUGGGGGAGCGAAGCUCCUGCAGGAGACAGGAGAAGUAAAGAGAGUGCAGGAGCAGAGCAUCAAGGACGUGGAGGGCUUCGUAGAUCAUGCCGUGAAUGCUUCCUCCAAAAACUUUACAGCUGCUCUUCUCCUCCAGAAGGCGGACUUGCAUGCGGCACUUGUGCGUACGAUCAAGUCCUGGAACGAUGAGCUGCUGGAGGACGAGGAGGAGAACCACCAGAAGCUUGCGGACGCUGAGAGCAAGUUCGAGCAGCUAAAGUCGCAGCAUGACCAGCAUAGGCUCCUCAUAUCUGGUCGCCUGCAGCAGCUGCUGACUGCCCUUGAGACCAACCGAGAUGCUGCCGAGGAGGCGAUCUCAACGCUGCAUGCUGGCAUCGUGAACUUGCAGCGCCGGCUGAACGAGACGGCCGAGUCUGUGCUGAGGAAGCGCUCGACCGACAGCGCGAUGAUCAAGGAGGAGAUCACUCGCGCUCUCAGCGGUGUGAAGGCAGGACUGAUGGCGAGCAUGCGAGACCACAAGAAGACGCUAGACGAGGACCUCAAGGAGCAGGCGACUCGUGUUAGUGACGGGAUCGUACACCUCAUCAGGGAGGAGGACGCGUCAUCGGCGAGCCUCAACGCCUCCUGGAGGGCGCAAGUAAGCGAGCAACGCUCGCUGAACGCGCAGCUGGAGGUCAAGAUGCAAGCGCUGAAGCUUCAGCUGAAGAGGAUGAGGGAUGAUGCGCAGAGGGACGUGCUCCAGCUGACGUCUGCCUUGGAGGAGGUCAAGAGUGCUGCAGAUACCAGCAGGACCCAACUGGCCGCAAACUCUCAGCAGGACCUCGACGACCUCUCGUCCAAGAUCGAACGUGCCAAGAUCUCGCUGCUCGCUGCCAAAGAGCAAGUGUCUGCUGAUCUGCAGCAGAAGAUCGCACAAGCUGGUGUGGACCUGGACACGAUGGUGGGCAAGAUCAAAGGAGCUGAGCAGCGGCUGAGGGAGAAACACGGGGCAGACACGGUGAAGUUGAAGCAGGAGCUCUCCUCCAGCCUGACCUCCCUGAGCUCCAAGGUCAGCAAGCAGAUCCAGGACACCAUCGAUGGCAUCCGGUCUUGGGUUGACCAGAAGACAGGGGCGCUAGAGAGCAACAUCGCGAGUCUACAGAGUGAGGCAGAGGAAGCAGAGCUGGACCUGCGGACGAAGAUCCGUGCGCUCGACGAGAGGGAGGCGAACAACGCUGCGCAGCAGAGGGAGGACGUCGAGAGAGCACGGCGAGACCAGCGGAGCUACAGGGGAGGGUUAGCGGAGAGGGUGCGAGCGCUGGCAGCCAACAUCUCCAGUGCGGCAGCAGACGCAAAUUCGAAGCUGUCGGAGUUGAAGUCGAACGUGAGGCGAAGGGACUCGGAGGUCGCUGCGCAGAUCUCAUCGGCCGUUGCGAGGACGAAGGAGGCGCUGGCGGGGCUCUUAUCCCAGCUGAUCCCCUCCUCGUCUAAGAAGCUCACUGAUCGCCUGCGCGAAGCUGCAGAGAGCCUCGACCAGGAGGUAGCAGCUAUGAGCAGCAAGCAGAACGAGCUGACGUCACGACUGAGCGGGCUUCAAGGAGGGAACGCGAGGAGGGAGAGGGAGUUCGAGCAGGACAUCGAGGGGAUGAAGGAGAAGAUGUGGUUGCUGAAACGAGAGCUGUCGCACAACCAGACGGCUGUGAACGAGGAGGUCGAUCACAUCCUGGACGUGAUUCACUCGCAGCAGGCGAACAUCAUCCGCAACCGGCAGCGCGAGUUCGAGACCUUCGGCCGCGCGUCGGCAAGGGAGGCCGACGAGCUGCAGGACAACAUCACCAAGACGAUCCAGCAGAGUUCCGCUCCCUCCAGUGACGUCGACCGGGCCCGGCAGGCUAUCCAGGCCUCCAUGUCGUCUCUGCGGGAGUACUUGCGGCAGAUUGAGGGGAACGCGUCGUCGUUCGGGUCCGAGGAGCGGGUGGGUUUCCGCGAGAAGCGAGCACAGACUCUAGCUGUCAACUCGACAAGCAGGUCCUGGCAGGAGGCGACAACGAAGAAGAUCGAAGACUUGGACAGAACCGUGGACGAGGUGACGUCACAGUCUCGCACCAAGAGGACGAGGAUGAACGAGAAGCUCAGCAGCCUGCAGGCCAUGCUGAAGAGGAUCGAGUGGGGGCUGCGGCAGGUGGGCAACAUGCAGGCAGAGCUGGAGCCGGUGAAGUCAAAUAUGGAAGCUCUGUCGAGGAGGAUAGGAGAGGAGUACAGCGCUUCAGAUGCACGGGUGGAGAGGGAGGUGGCGAAGCUUGUGCGAUGGAGGGAGGAGAUGAGCUCGCUCAAGCUGAGGAUGGAGGAGGCGGUGGAGCAGGAGGCGACGAGGCGCAAGGAGGCCAACGGGAACAUCACCGGAUGGCUGGAGGAGGCGAACGAGCAGAUGGGAGAGAUCGAGAGAGACAUCCAGGCGCUUCAACGCCGAAGGGAAGAGUUCAUCGAGUCUCAGCCUCCUCCUCCUCCCCCGCCCCCUCCUCCUCCCCCCCCUCCAGCCUUCGUGAGACCACCUCUCCUACCGGGUGUGACUCCUCCUCCCCUUCCUCUGCUGUGGUGGGACCGUCGCACGGAGACGGACGGAGUGGAGCAGGUGGACGGCAAGGUCGUGCUGGGGGCGGCGACAACUGGGCAGCUGUCAGGGUCGAUCGCUCUCUCCGCCAACGGCAAGUGGAUCGUGCACGUAGUAGUGUACGCGUCCGAUGGCGGGGACUCUGGGGACACGCUGCAGGUGACGAUCAACGGGGUGCCCAUGGAGGCCGUCAAGAACAACCGGAGGAAGGGAGCGCCAUGUGUGGGGACCACGUGCUUGAGCAAGAAGGGCAUCUACAUGCUCUCCACCUCCAUCGUCGGCGAUCAGGUGGACUACAAGUUUCAGUGGCAGAGCUCUAGCGGGCAGGAGGAGAAGCACAUGUUCCUCGGAGCAGGGGAGGCAGUCUUCGUGGGAGAUCCCAGCGAGACCCCCGACGUGCCGUCAGCUCGCAACUACGGCACCACGAUUUCUGUCAUCAAUGGGGUGGACGGAAAGUCUCUGGGCAAGGGCAGGAAGUCAUCGGAUGGGGCGGAGGAGCGAGGCUUCGAGAUGCCUAAGGACCCUCGUCUCUUCCUACUCCUCGGGAAGGCGCUGGUGUGGGACGGCAUCGUUGACGGGGCGGAGGCGACGCUGAAUGUGCCUCCUCCUCCUCCAGGGAGGAAGUACACGUGCGUUGUGACUCAGGCGGGGAUGAUGUCGCUGUAUCAGGAGAACUGCGACGUCGGGGUGGAGCGCAAAGCUGAGCUGUCCAUGUCGCCCGUGCUGGCGCCCGGCUCAGCUCGCUUCAUCCUCUCAUGGGGCAAGCAGCCGUCCGAUCUGGACAUUCACAUGCUCGUUCCGGGGGUGGGAGGAGCGUCCGGCUGCGAGGUGAGCUGGAGGAACAAGGACUGCUUCGGGGAGGCGCGACUGGACUUGGACAACACGCAAGGGUACGGCCCCGAGACCAUCUCCCUCUCGAGGAUGCGACCAGGCAAGUACAUCGUCUUCGUCAAGGAGUACAACGGAAACCCACGGGCUCCCAUGUGGGGCGUCUCGUCUGCUACUGUCACCUACUACUCACCAGACAUCGGAAGCAUGGUGUACAAGGUCGGACAGGACGGCUACGUCGACGGCAUCCACUGGCUGGUCCUGACGGUCGACGGAACUUCCAAGUUUCCUGAGGCCUGCACGCAGAGCACUUGCCCAGCACAGACAUGA